GAGAAAUAGAGAGAGAUAGAGAUAGAAAGAGCGAGAGAGAGAGAGAGAGAGAGAACAAACGAGCGCCGUUACGAUAAAAGAGAAGUUUUACGGAACGUGUUCAAAAGCGUUCAAUGGUCGAAGCAGCUAUGCGCCACGCCGUUGUAGGGCUCUUAGCUAGCUAGUUUCAACUACGGGAGGUCUCUCGAGCCACAGUUACGACCUCGAGAACGUGCGGGUUCACCUCGCGAAGAAGAUGACCAUAAUAGUCUUUUUGAUCGACACAUCGGCCUCCAUGAAUCAGAGGGUUUAUUUGGGCGGGCGGCCCACGCUUUUGGAUGUAGCCAAAAGCGCAGUGGAAACUUUCGUGAAGGUACGACAAAGAUCACCGGAGAGCCGCGGGGAUCGUUAUAUGCUCCUGACCUUCGAAGAUCCGCCCCAGAAUAUCAAGGCAGGUUGGAAAGAAAAUUUGGCCACGUUUAUGAAUGAAUUGAAAAACUUACAAUGUGUUGGCCUUACAACUUUAGGUGCUGCGUUAAAACAUGCUUUGGAUGUUUUGAAUAUAAAUCGAAUGCAAACUGGUAUCGAUACUUAUGGUCAAGGGAGAUGUCCAUUUUAUUUAGAACCAUCUGUAAUUGUUGUUAUAACGGAUGGUGGAAAAUAUACGACAAACAGUGGAGUACAUCAAGAUUUUACAUUACCAAUGCAUUCUCCUAUACCUGGAUCAGAAUUAACUAAGGAACCAUUUAGAUGGGACCAAAGGUUAUUUUCUUUGGUGUUAAGAUUAUCUGGGACACCGGCCGUUGAACGAGACACCGGUUUAGUUGCAAGUGAUUCCUCUCCGAUAGAUGCAAUGUGCGAAGUAACCGGAGGUCGUUCGUACUGCAUAACAUCUUUUAGAAUGAUGAUGCAAUGCAUUGAUUCUUUAGUACAAAAAGUUCAAUCUGGCGUAGUAAUAAAUUUUGAAAAGAUUGGACCUGAUCCUCCUCCCCUUUCAAACGAGGUCCAACAUCAGGAUGAAGACGAGAAUGAAGAUGAAAAUAAUACCAACAAUGGCCCUCGGACUCAGUAUUCUACAAAUCCAACAGUACUAGGAAAUACAGCAUGGCAUUCUUGUAGAAGAUUAAUUUACGUUCCACGUUCAGCACAGAAAGGAUUUGCCGUUGGCUUUUGGCCAAUUCCAGAAAGUUUUUGGCCAGAUUUAAGUGCUAGUUCACUGCCACCAAGAUCUGCGCAUCCUAAUGUCAAGUUUACCUGUACCAGUCAAGAACCAAUGGUCAUAGAAAAUUUACCAUUUGAUAAAUAUGAAUUGGAACCCAGUCCAUUAACGCAGUAUAUAUUAGCAAGAAAACAACCAACAAUAUGUUGGCAAGUAUUUGUAGCAAAUUCUUACAAAUCCAGCGAGGUUGGCCAUCCUUUUGGAUAUUUGAAAGCGAGCACAAACUUAACUUGUGUAAAUUUAUUCGUUAUGCCCUAUAAUUAUCCUGUGUUGUUACCGUUAUUGGAAGAAUUGUUCAAGGUACAUAGGCUGAAACCAACAAACGAAUGGAGAACACAAUUUCAGAAUUAUAUGAGAACUAUGCCAACUUAUUAUUCUGCGUCGUUGAGGAGAGCAUUAACUAGAAUGGGUGCACCUGCUCCUCUAGCACAAACUUUAAUACCUGAUAACAUGGAUAAUUCCUUAUCGUACAGUGUUUUAAAUUAUUUAAAACGUUUGAAAAAUCAAGCAAAAAUAGAAUUUGAUAGAUUAUGUAAUGAAGUUAUUUCUAAACAAGUUGCAGCUGCUAAUAUGACAAAAAAUUUAACUAACGCUAGUACAACUACCAUAACGGAAGGUGUUAGAGUUAUUCCCAGAACACCGUUGAAAAAAGAUUUGGUAUCACAUCCUUUAUUGCAAGAUAAAUUCACCGGGCUAAGGGAUCAAUUAAAUGAGUUUGGUGGAUUCGUUGUUGGUUUAGUAAAGAAUCAACAGCAGCAACGUGGUGCACAGAGUUAUCGCAAUGCUUUCGAUGUCCCAAGAAAAUCACUUUUGGAUCAAGUUGUGAGAAUGCGUGCAAAUUUUUUGCAACCUGGAUUAUUACAUACCAAGUUAUUAGAUGAUGAUUAUGUUCAUUCAAUGCCUUUAGCUCAGAUGGGGAAUUAUCAAGAGUAUUUAAAAAGGAUGACACCGCCUUUAAGAGAGAUCGAAAGCGUACCUGUCAGACAACACAUGUUUGGUAAUCCUUUUAAAAUAGACAAAAGGAUGAUGGUAGAUGAAGCAGAUAUCGAUAUGGUUGGAGCAACAUCUUCCACAUCGAAAGGUGGUAUAAAACGUUCAUUACCACCUUCCGACGGAGGAGGGACACCUGUUCCAAGGCCGUCUCCGAAUAAAAGAAAACCAGGACCUAUUCCAAAAGACGUUAUCGUACGAAGACCUUCAUAUUCUCCUGCUAAUACACCUCCAAGUUCUCCAAUACCUUGGAUGGAUGAAACCAAAAAUCAAGUGAUGGUACCAAAUACCGAACUAAUAAAUGCUACAACACCAAAUGUAAUUAAUGCAAGCCAUGUUGUAACGAGUAGUAGUAGUAGUAGUAGUAGUAGUACAACAACGUGUGCUGCAAGCUCGCAAGAAAAAUUAGUGAAUGGACUUGCGGAAAUGCCAACAAUUCCAAUUUUCGAAGCUAUUUCAGCAGAACAUGUUAAUAAUCAUAUGGAUAGUCCACCUAUUUUAACACCAAUCGUAGUUAAUAAUGUUGACUUAAGAAGUGAUGUUAAAAGUGAAAGGAUAGAUCUUGUUAAUGUGGAAACUAAUAGUAGACUGCCUUCUAAUGACAGCAGCGAAAAUAGUGACAAAAUUGUAAGUGCUGUUGAAGAAAGGUUAACGAAUCACGUUGAAGAGAAAUUAGAAUUGAAGAUAGAAAAAGAAAAGGUUUUGACGAAAAAAGAAUUGGAGGAUAUAAGAAGACACAAUUUAACAGUCAGGGAACUCGUUUACAAAGAAGUACGAAGACGGGGAACAAAUCAUGCAACAUUAUUUUCGCAUUUACAUCAAGUUCAAGGCACGUUGGAUAUUCGACUUGCAUUUGUGAAAGAUAUUGUUAAGGAAUCAUUACGUUUUAAAAGACGUAAUUUAGCUACAUUGUUGGAAGAAUAUCUUAAGACUAUACAAGAAGAUGUUUGGACAGUGAAUCACAAGGUGAAUCACAAUGGUGCCACAAAAAUAAGCUAGGCAUUAAUUGACUCUUAUAAGAAGAAGAGGAUUAUUUUAAGAAAUACAAUGAAACACUUUUUAAAGUGACUUAUAAGCACGUAAAUAGAGUAUAUAUAAUGCAUGUAAUGUGCAGAAUUUUUAUUUGACAAAUGAAAACAAAAAUAUAAGAAAAUAAGAAGAAGAAGAAGAAGGAGGAGGAGAAGAAGAAGAAAAAGAAGAAGAAGAUUAUUAGUAAUAUUCAAACAUAAAUAUUUGAAAGAUGCUUGAAUAAGUAGAUGCAAUUUCUAUCGAUAAAAUGCACCUUAGGUGUUUAAACCAAGAAAAUACAAUAUCUUUUUGUUUGUUUUUGUUUUUUUUUUCUUUUUAUCUCGUUUAAUCAAUAUUUUUUAUUUUA